AUGCAUACCAGUUUUGAGAUCGUUCUGAAGCAUAGGUCUGUAAGGAGAAUAUUUUAUCUGCCAAUAAUUUUUUAA